AUGAGCGACUUGGGGCUGACAAGUGUCAGCCGGGCUAAGUGCAAAUUUAGCGCACUGCCAAAUGAAGGAGAAUGGCAAUCACAGAAGUGGUCCUGUGCUCCCUCGGCAUCUGUAGCGGCCCAGCAGGAGGGUAGUGCGGCGCUAACGUCAAUUGCAGACAUCUUGCCUCAUAUCAUCAGGAGCCUCACCACAACCUCCGAGGCCGGCAUCCACACUGCCGUGUCAGACCAUCCUCCUUCCAGUGACCUUGGAUGCGCCAUCAACUUGCUUACUCAGACCAAGGGUUUGAGUAUGGAUGAUGUUAUGGACCUUAUGGACUACCUAUCAUCAAACCCAACUGAAGCAGUUGUGUUCGCUAACUUUCAUGGUACAGAAUUUAGGGCCACGUGGGCAUGGAGGAAGCUCUCCGUCAUUUGUCAUGGUGCUACCAGUACUACCUUGUAA